CCCUGUUCUGGCGAGCUGUCAAUCGAAUAGGAAAGCUCAGCCAUCAAAAGACCAUAUAUAUACUAUUACAGCCAUCCCCCCACAACCCACAGCUUUCCGCUCAGUUGCUUGGGACGCUCGUGCUCCUCCUGUUUCGGGCCCAAGUCGUGCUUCAUCCGCCGCCCUACAACAUAUCACUACGCCAGCAGCUUCGGUAUUCACAACUCCGCUCUCCACACACAAUUACCAGACUAUCAGGAAGGUUAUCACCUGCCUGAAACCGACCACCCCAGCUACAUUCACGAAAAGUACGGCCCCCGUCAAGGUCCUGCGUGCCUAAACCUUUACUCUCGGUGAACCCCUCAAACACGCAAUAUGACCGUCGAAGGUCCCAAACGAACGACCCUGUUCACAUUCCCACGGGUCGGAAGGCCUGCCGUCGCAGUCUCCGAUUUCGGGGAACUGGAGGCCUUUCGCGCCAGGCUGACUGAAACCGCGUCGGCUUCGAAAAACGCUACUCUCCAGCAAAUCAACACAGCGACGGCCAACGCCAACGGCACGACGUCGAGGCUUGUUUCGAGCCCUCUUGAGAACGGCACGAUCAAUUCGGCUUCUGAUGGUCAAUCUCCGAUGCUCGCCAUACGACCCGGCAGCGAAGUCUACAUCGAAGGCUCGGAAAGCGAAAGGGAAGCCUCCUCAACCAGCUCAUUCUUCUCCCGCACACGAAGCCACGAACAAGGCCGGAAGCGAGGCCGCCGCAGUCGAGCAGAGCUCGACAGCUACAGCCAGAGUGCGCAACUUCAGAAGGGUCUUCUCUUCAAAGCUGACCUGAUCCCCGAAGUCCCAUACUCCCUCCCGCAACAUGAAGUCGCUCUAGCCGAGCUCGGUGCCAUCUUGUCUGACGUCGGACUCCCAGGAUGGGGUCAGGAUGGGGAUUACAGUGAUCUUCCUUUUCGGAAGGGAUCAUCGCAGCCCCUGCCAGACUCCAUCCAGCGGUCGGGCUUCGAGUACACACUUUUCACGAAAGAUAUCCUCAGGGACGAGAACCACGAUUAUCUGUCCGACCUGCCUUUCCUCGAGCGCGACGAGUCCAUCACGUCGCUAUCCGACAUCGACGACAAUUAUCAAAAACUUCAAGACAAGGAAGCGAAGAACGCGAAAGACGCAGCCAGUGCGACCGAUAGCGGUAAAGAAACUCACAAGACUGAAACCAUCACCGCCCAAAGCGAUUCAAGCGACCCCCUGAAAGAUGAUACCAUCAGCCCCAGCACCGCACCCGCAGUGCCAAGCUCCGUCGACGACAUGGAGGUCUCAACUUUGGAUCCUAUGGAUCUUAAAAGCGUUUCAUCUAUGGAGGGCAUCUUGAAGCAGCUGUCUCAAGCAUCGCACGUUGCUAUCGAUUUCGAUUAUUCUUCGUCUGACGAGUCUGAUGAGUCUGACGAUUCUGGAGAUGAUGUGGUUUAUGUAUCCGUCUCCGGCAGCACUAUCAAUGCGCCGGCACAUGAAGGCCAACAGACUGAUACUCAAUCGACCGCUGCUUCGGAAACUCCAAGCAUGUACGCCGCUACCGAAGAUCUGGAAGAAAUGGAUCCGUUCGAAGCGAUCGACGAAGCUCUCAUGGAAGGCAUUCCAUUGGGCGAAUUGGAAGACGAGCCUGCUGAUGGAAGUGAAGAGCCUGAGCUGGAUGUCCCAACGAAACCGGCUGAGAACUCGGAAGAUGAGGAGAGCGUGGAUAUGGAGACGGACGAAGAUGCUGGGUUUGAUGACGCGGACCUCCUGCCAAAACCAUUCAAGACCAACGCAGCAGCUUCCAUGCCACCAACCCACCAACCCGAAAAAGGUAUCUCCCCAAACGAGAUGCCUCCCGGCUCACCAGUAACCAAUGGCUUGACCACCAAGGACACAGCAAGCGUCUCUUCAGCAAGACCUUCAUUCUUGAAGUCUGGAACCCUUGGAAACGCAUCACGGGACAUCAAGGUCAACGGCCACUCCACAAUGACGACAUCGAAGUUCGAAUGGAGUUGGAGAUUAUGAAAUACCUCCCAAUCAUGCUCGAGAACCUUACGGUGGACUUCUCACCGGACGAACGACCACAUCACCUCGAGGGAGGGCGGUGCUUACACCUUCUGGGGAACAUGCGGCUAAUUUUGGAGUGUCUU